AUGAGUCAAUUCCAGCUCUUCCCUCCCCCUUCUCCCGAAGGCAGAGGCUCUAAGAAUCCGUUUCGUAACCGAAACAGGAAGCUGGCUUUGAAUCCAAAGCCCCCGAGCCCGAUUCCUCUGGAGGAACUCAAAAGCUCUCAGACAGAGGCGGUGCUCCUGCAGAUAAUCGAAGAUACAAACAACGUCCGACCACCUCCAAAGGCAUACCUCUCCCAGAGGCCUGGGGCCACCGUGCCGGAAACGAUAUGCGAGCCCGAGUCCGAGUCACUAUAUGAUUCGACCCCGCGAAUUGGACCAGACAGAGCAGGCUCGUCAUCGCCGGAAAGCAAACCAGACCGGCACUUUGCCCGUCAGAAGUCUCCCCAGCCGUCGGAGACGCCGACGGUUCCCAUGAAAUCAAUAUUUCCUCGAUACAAUCCCCAUGUGCCGCUCAGUCAGCAACAAUACUAUCCCCAGCCAACCAACCCGCCUCGGAGCCGUCACAACCCCCGUGGUCUGACGUUGACGCCAGCGCCGGAGAUCGAUCGUGCCCUCGGGCCUAAGACUGUUCCCGCGAGUGUAUUGAACUUCCCGACGGACGCGCUGGAGCCGCUGGAGGUGCAGUAUUCUUCUGCGGCACAACUGAAGGGUCUGUGGGAGGUUGCCAACGGACAAAGAGCGCAGAAUGCCCUCGGAACAUUCAAUCUGCGUCUGAACAAGGUGGACCAUGCCACGUUCACAUUCGGGGAACCACAGGCACCGUUCUAUACGAUGCAGACCUAUUCAACGGAUGAGCUGUCCAUUGCCCGGGCACACCCCCUGAAGCCGAACAGCGGCGUCCCCGUGAUGAUGCUGAAGCUGGAAGACCGAGGCCGUCGCCUACCGCCGAGCGACGGCCUCGUGACCCUCCUGUUCUCCCGACUGGCAGCGAUGCUGGCCAUCGACGAAGCGGAGGAACUGGUCAAGCAACACCACCUAUCCCCCACCCAAGCCGUCGAGGUCGAAGGCAACGCUCUCGAGCGCGCAGCAGCCCAGGAAUCCUGCCGCCUCCUCUGGAACAACGAGAAACGCCUCUACGAGCUCCAGCACCCAUCCCACUGCAAGCAGCAACCCCCGGCCCUCAUCGGCGCCGCAGGCAUCCCGCUCUCACCCGUCCGCUCCAAGUAUGCAGGAAUCCUCCACAUCACCGUCUCAGCACCAUCCAAGGACCCCAGCAGCCGGCAAUUACCCACGAUCCUAGUCACGACGCCCCUCUCCGCCAACGCAGUCGAGGGCGCCACGCAGGCCGCCUCGCCGCGCACCUCCACGCUCCCGCUCACCGACGCCGACGCCGACGAGCCCCUCGCCGCCCUCGACCUCGCCACAAUGACCCUCUCCAUCUCCGCGACGGCCAUCACCUCCUCCAUCCCGUCCCUGUACGCCGUCGACUCCCUCGUCGCCGCCCUCCUCGCCGUCGCCGCCUCAGAUGAACGCACCAACCCCGUCCUUGCAGACAUGCACCUCUACAACCCCGCCCAGCCGUCCGCGCAGCUCCCCACACCCACCGCCCGCCCAGCCCUCUUCACCGGCCCGCUCAUCACAACUCUCGCGGAGCGCGAAGACGCAGAGACAGCAAAUGGCCUCAUCGCAGCCGUCAAAUCCUCCUCCUCGUCGUCAUCGUCGGAACUACCCGGCAAACGCUCAUUCUGGCCGUGGGCCCGCUCCAAACCCAAUUCCAAAUCCAAAUCCAAAUCCAAGCCUAAACGCCGCAAGAACAAACAGAUCGUGCUCGAGCAGUUCGACCUCGAGAAAUACGGCCGCGGGUCGGGGCGCGCGCACGGCGACUCCGACAACGGCGCAGGAGAAGACGGAAACCUACCCGGCGCGACGAGGGGUAUGCUGCGGCUGUUGUUCUGGGGGUUGAAGAUGGUGGUGGGGACGUUGACGGUGGCGGUGAAGAUUGUGGCGUGGGUGUUGGUGGGGGUGAGUCGGUGUGUGACGAGUGAGAGGUUUUGA